AUAUUAUUAUUAUUGUUAUGUUACUUUACAUUUAAUACACUGGUUUGUUCCUACAUACGACGACUACAUACAUUCAUCUCCUCUCUUCUACAUAAUAUUCCUACUUUACACAAAAGUUGCAACUGCAUUUAUUUGUCUCAUUAUUUAUUUACUCUGAUUGAGCAAACCUGCAAAAGCGAGCCAGCAGAGCCACGGCCACAGUUCAGUAAGAUUUGGCUUAACACUUUAUAAAAUAAUAAUAAUGUAAUACGUACGUACUAUUGCCAGCCACGUUAUUAUUAUUAUUCACACAAUAAUAUUUCAAGUCUCGUCGUCGUCGUCGCAGUCGUCGUUUUAUUUAACGUACCUAUUCUCUGCUACAAAGUACAAUUAAGCAGCGAGCGAGCAAAACUUUAAAAACAAAACAAACCCAUUAAUACGAUUUCAUCAAUCUCAACCUCAAAGCAGUAGACACAUUAUUAUUAGUAUUGCUAUUGUUACUAAUACUACAAUAAGUAACGUAGCAAAAGGUGUAACAAAUAUUUUUACCAGUCCAAAUAAUUGUGGAUUGUCUUGAAAUAAUAAAUUGUCCAACAACUUGCAAUAUCUUUUUACCAAGGAGGAUUUAUAAAUAAUAAUUUGCGGAGCAGGAGAGAAAGCAUAAAAAGUGUUGUUGUUUAUAAAUAAAUAUAUAUUUGAAAAAGUGAGCAAAAGUGUGUGUCGUGUGCUGAAAAAUAAUAGCAAAUAAUAAAUACGACGUUGAUAAUAAUAAAUAACUCUGUUUUUAAGUGCGGCUACAGUUAAGCGAGCUCAUAAUACAGAGAUAUAUUAUUGCAUGGAUUUGAUGAUCCUCGGACUACUCGGUUUUAGUUUUCCGUUUUAACAACAAGUUACCCUGACUGAACUCGACUCACUAUUUGGAUUGGAUUGGAUUGGAUGAACUAAACUAAAUCGAGAAAAUUCUGAAACCAUGAACGAGUAACGCAUGUUGCUCUCCACCGACGCCGCGUCGCCACACUACUGCACCGUCGUAGCAGGAGCAGGCUUGGGCUGAAACGAGAUGACGACGAAGACGUUUGGUUGUGACGAGGAAGUCCGCUAAGUCGCCAUGAGUGACGUAGCCGCCCCACCCAAGGGCCAAAUGGUCUUGGACCGACUAAAGAAGCGGUUGGAGGGUUACCGCAACCACCAUGAUGAAGUCAAACCUCGCUUUGAACAGACGAUAAAUGGAGUCAAUGACGAGCAAAAGCAACAAACCCUCCUCCUACAGAAACGUUUUGUGGAGUCAAAGACGAAAAAGCUGCAAAAGAAGGGGGAUAAAAAGGGGAACCAGGAUUCUGGCAGUAGCGGUUCAAAAUCUCACAAACGCGUUGCGGAGGACUCGUCAGCAGAUCAUAAUAACACGGAUGGCUGUUACGAACCUCCCAAGAAAUUAUCCAACUCCUCCCCAGCCUCUUCCGGUUCAGGAUUUUCAUCCAAUAAAGCUCCUUCCAGAUCUAAAAUGAAGUUCCACCCACCCGAUUCUGCCCGUAGUGGUGGACCGAAGAACGGUCUGCCACAACAGCAACAGCCUCCGCUCCCUCUACCACCCCACCAGCUCAUGGGGAAUCAGCAGCAGCAGUUGCAACAACAACAACAGCAACAACAUCCUAUUAAUCCUCCCAAUUCUUUAAUCCCCAAUAAUAUGCACCCACCUCCACAUCACCAUUAUCAGCAACAGCAGCAGCAACACCAACAACUCAACCACAACCAUCACCUAAUAGAGUCCUUUAAGCAGGAGACCGUGUCUUCCUCCUCCGGCUAUGUAGACUUGGACCAGUGUGCCCGUGCCCUUGAGAAAGACGGUCCUGACUUAAUCAACUCUGACUUUGAAACAUUAAACGACCUCAUUUCUGAAAUCUCCGAUUUGUCGUCGGCAGACUUUAUGAAAGACUUUGAUUUUGAUGUGGACGUAACAAAUGCAGAUAACAAAAGUGAUAGUUUACUCGGUGGUGGUGGCGGUUCUGCGAAUAGUACAAAUCCAUUAAUGGGUGGAGGUGAUAGUCAUCCCGGUCUUACACCCAUUACUCCAAAUACAAAUUCCUCCUCCAUGAUGCACCACACCCAUUCAGGUGUCAAAAUGGAAACUGGUGGUGGUCACAUGGUGGGGAUGAUGGCCGGGCAUCCACAACAACAGCAAUGUGCCGGACCAUCCCCAGCUCCAGCCACGACGGCCUCGCCACUUGCCUCCCAACUAGCCAAUAAUAAUAAUAACAACCAAACGGGAUCAACACCACCUUAUCUUUUCGACCCGAGUGGUUCACCUUCCGCUGCCUCUCAGGUUCCUAAAGGGGGUCGUGUUCAACCUUCCUUGGCCGGUUCCUCCCUCCCGAUCGACUCACCUGCUGCCCAAACCCUGAAGCAGAUGGCGGAACAGCAUCAACACAAACAGCAAAUGGGUGGUGGGACGCCAAACUCUUUCAGUAAAAAUGCCUCCCCGGCAAGAUCUCCCUUUAAUGAGUACGGCGGUGGUGGAAACAACAACGACUAUAUGGGUGCUAGCAGUGGUCCAGGUUCCAAUCAGGGUGUUGGUAGUGGUGGUGGUGGUGGGUUCUCUCAAGGGGGUGUGAAUGUAAAGCAGGAAGUUUACUCACCCACCAACCAGACCAGCUUCUCUCCAGGAUUCAUGGAUGUCAACCAUGUGGGGGCGAAUAAAGGUCCUCAACAGCAGCAGCAGCAACAACAACAACAGCAGCAGCAACAACAACAACAACAGCAGCAGCAAAGAGGGCCCCCUCCACCUCAACAACAGAUGAGUCACGGUGGAAGGAUGGGACAGCAACAGCAGCAAGUGUUAUCUCCCGUCCCCAAGUCUUUCAAUCCUGGAAUGGAGCCUCAACUUAUGCCUGGACAAUCCUUCAUCCCCAAUAACAGACCGCCCAAUAACACCGUCAAUUUGAACAGUAAUUCCAAUCCAAAUAAUCCAUCCAGUGGGUAUUCGCCCUAUCCGGGUGGGGGACCAGGACCAGGCGGCGGCGGCGCACCCAGUAUGAUACCCAAUCCGAAUCAGCAACAACAAAUGGCCGGCCGUGGGUCGCCCUCCAACGCAAUGGGAGUUGACCCCAAGGGAAGAUUGGCUCAGCAACAGGCACAAGCACAAUAUUACUAUCAGCAGCAACAACAACAGCAGCAACAAAACCCCAAUAUUAACCCUACCAUGGUAGACCCCUCGGCCCAAUUUAAUCCAAACGGACUACAGCAGGGACAAACCAUUAACUUUACACAGCAACAUUUGCGAAUAGGCGGACCAAGUGUGUCAGGCAGUAUAGGAAAUAUGGCUCCUAGGAUGAGUGGUGGUCCUGUUCCUCCUCCAAGCAAUAUGAACAGCCGCAUUCCAGGACCUGGUCCUGGACCUAGACCUCAACUCCAACAGCAGCAGCAACCUCAAAAUCCACAACAGCAACAACAGCAACAACAACAGCAAAUGAUGAUGAGGCAGCAACACAUGGCUCAACAGCAGCAACAACUUGGAGGAAUGGGUCAACCUGGAAUGAUGAACCGAUUUCCAGGUCCUUCCGGUCCUCAACGCGGCGGCCUACCUCCUUCCAUGCAGCAAAUGAUGUCUCAAGGUCCAUCUCAAAUGGUGAACCAAUCUCAACAAUCACAACGACCCAUGCAGCAGCAACAACCACAGCCUCAACAAAUGUACAACAACACGGGGGGAAUGUGUGGUAAUGGUGGCAUAGGAAUGGGAGGACCUCCCCUAGGAAACAUGCAUAUGCCGAGGCAAAUGUCUCCAUACAAUGGCAAUCACAAUCAUAUGAUGGGAUCCAAUGGACCCCCGAUGCAGCAACAGCAGCAGCAACAACAACAGCAGCAGCAACCUUCAAUGGGUGGUCCCGGUCCCGGUCCCGGUAGAGGAGAUUGGAUGGGACAACAGCAAUAUUCAAUGAGUCGUCAUCAAGGCCCUCCGAGACCCUCCAUGCAACAAAUGUCUUAUCACUCUGGAAUGCCUAUGCAAAUGCAGCAACAACAACCUCAACCCCCCAACGGUGGUGGUGGAAUGAUGCCUUCUUACCUCCAAUCACAGGGGCAAGGGAUGAUCCCUCCUCCCCAACAAAUGGGCUAUAACCACAACCACAAUCCUCAAAUGCAGCAGCAGCAGCAGCUAAGUGGCUUUAAUCAGAAACAACAGGUCGUCGGACAUCCUUCUCAACCUCCACCCAACUACCCUACAAAUUCGUCCUACGGUGCCCCCAUAAAACCUAAUGUCAUGGGGGGUCAACAACAACAACAGCAGCAACAACAACAACACAUGUUUCCCCAAGGAAUGAAACCUCCGCAACAACAGCAACAACAAAUCCCUUUAACUAAUGACAUAAAUAUAGAUCAAAUGCUAAAUAAUAUUACGGAUGACCCGUCAGCAUUUUCCGGGGACACUGCAGAAUUGUUCCAUUCCUUAGAUUCCAAUUAUUCCAGUAUACUUGACAAUUUAUAAUAUUAACUGUAGUCCCGGCUAUUAACGUAUAACUAAUUAAUUUAGACUGUUACAUAAUCUGCACAAACAAGGGUGUAGUAGUUGUUGUGAGAUGACAAAUCCCCCCGCCGCAUGAGAUAACUUGCCAAAAAUUAUCUCUUGAAUAUUUUAUCUCAGUGGUACAAAAAAGUUCGGUUGGAAAUUACUAACUGCCACCACAACAAGAAACUAUAUAUUAAUAAUAUACCAAACUAAGCAAACCAAAAAGGCAGGUGAUGGCAGAAGGCAGGUACAUAAGAAAGAAGGAGAAGAAGAAGGUUCAAUAUAAAUUCGAAUCUUCGCAUACCGUAAAAUAUUUACAAAAACAAACUCGUAAAACUUUGCAAUAUUAAAAAAAACACAAUAUUUUAUUCCUUUAACAAUAAUCACCUACCUUAAAGACAUUUUUACAACAAAGCUAUAGAUCAAACAACCAACAACCCAAUCUUCGUAUCCUCUUUCUUUCUUUCUUUCUUUAUUUCUUGAUGAAAAUUAUCAUUGAUGAUUAUCACAGAUUUUUAACGUACGACGACAACGCAUUCUUCACUUUUACUUGCCACCAUUCCAACAAAUAUUCCAAUACUACCACUGUUUACUGAUGGAUAUGGAUAUGUGAAAAAAUAUUCACCCUUUGAGGCAGAUAAUCAAUCAAUCAUUCAUAUUACGGCUACACAUUUAAAAAGAGUCUAAAAUAAUACUUAUACUGAAAAAAGUCAAUCUUGAAAUAAUUGCAAUAUUUGCAAAUGAGCCUAACUAGAAUUUUUAAAAAGUCAGACGAUUAAGAUUAAGAUAUACUUUUGAGUAAAUCACGAAAUUUUAACAAAAAAACAGCCAGAUUUUAUACAUAAAUGACGACACCGACAUGCUAAAACAAAGUUAAAAAAAUCAACUUCUAAAUACAUAUACUUACAUGUGUAACACUAUUACCAUUAUUACUACCAAGACUAACUAAGACUGUAGUGGAGUAGGUAAUAAUUUUACAUAAAAUAUAUUAUUUAAAAAAAGUAGAACAAGACAAAACACAAGAUAACCCAACUUAUACUUAUCUCUAAGAAUAUUCCUACCAAUAUUAGCAUUCUAUUUACCAAGAUUAACCUAUUAUUAUGAUACAUAUAUCCUCGCGUAGGUUUUAUACACCCAAAGCAAAGCAACAACUUACUGAUGCACUUAAACACCUUAAAUAAAUGGACAAUGUAAUUAAUAACCAAUAAUCACAAUACAAAACCACUUAUGUACUUUAAUACAAUCUAUACAUACAUACGUGACUUAUCUUCUACUACAUACUUACGCUACAACUUAUCUUACAACUAAUACUUUAAUCAUUAUUGUUAUAAUUAUGAUUGUUAUUAUCAUUGUCUACUAGCCUAGCGUACAUGUAAUUACAAAUACUUAUAUAUUCUUGACAAUUCUCUCCCUCUCGUCGUCCCCGUCACCGUGGUCAUAAUGAUGAUACUCGUUACAUAGUUGUCCGUUUUAUUUUUCCUACACAUAUGAAAAAUCAUCCCAGCCUGGUUUGUGUUUCUAGUCUCAAUCGAUUUUGUUAUUAUUAUUAUGAUAAUUAUCAUCAUCAUCAUAUUUUAUUAUUUUUGUUAUUAUCGUACCAAUCUCACAAAAAAUCACGAAAACGGUAAGAUUAAAAGAUCUAAUAUGUACGUUUCCGGUCCAAAGUCGGGAUCGGGAAACAAAAAUUUAAGUGAUCACACAUUUUUAUACAUAUAUUUUGUACCGAGGAACAAGAGGAAUACUUAGAGGUUUACGAUUUAUAUUUUAGACUCAAUGCCAAAAACCAGUUUAAUAUGUUUUAGAUUAAUUUAAUUGCUAGCUUAUUUUGAAUAUAUUUAGGUUUAUGAGUAACUAAUAUUUUAGCAGUUGAUCAGUUGAUGAUAAUUUGAGGGGUACGUAAUGUAUUCCGUUUAAAGACGGAAUUAUUUUAUUUAUAUGACGCGACAACCAAAAGCGUUAAUUGUGUGUCACACCACGUAUUUUAUAGCUUUAUUUGAUUCAUUGAUGAAUGACAAAACUACAGUAUUUUUUAUUUAACGUCUUUAUUGCCACAACAAACCAACCAACCUUAUCUCAGAGAGGGGUCAUUAGUUUUAUUUUAUAAAAUCGUUACUGCAUACCACCAACCAGAUAAGAUAUUGAGCUGUGUUUUUCUUUAAUUGAAAUAACGAAAAUUUGGUGAGGAGACGGAAAUAAGAGAAAGCAACAAUUACUACUAAAUAAGAAUGAGUACCGUUUUAAGACAAAUAUAAUGCGGAUUAUUAUACCGUACCGUUUUAGCUAAUCAAUCGACGACUAUUAAGAUGACGAUAAGAUUUUAAGAGAAACGUGACAUUUGUAUAAACUUGUACAACUUUUUAGACUUAAGAAGUAAAAACACGGUGUAAACGUACGAAUAUUAAUAUUAAUAUUAUUAUAUUAUUGCUACUACUACAUAUGUACAUUGUACACAUAGUUAUUAUAUUAUAUAUGCAACCCUUGCGUGGUAGGGAUUUGCAAAUAAGAUGAGAGGACGAAGGCAGCAAUUUAAAUACUAAAUACAAAAACUACGUAAAUAAAUUAAAGUAAUAAAUGAAGUAAAUAUCGAUAAA